GGCAAUCACAGGGUCAACUUGGAACGCAAGACAAAUAAAUUUGCAUCUUCGAUUAUCUGAGAACGCGUAGAAAAACAGGAAAUUCACGGACUGUAGCCAUGGAAUUGGAGCGUAAUGAUAUACACUUCAGCCAAAGAGAAUAUUCUGGACCGUCUCAUAAAUUCGACCAUCUGUGUGGACGCAGCGCGGUUUGAGCGUAGCUGCGCUGGGUUGCUUUGACAAUGAGUAAUCUGAUCGGUAUCCCGGUCCGAUUUCCGAUCGAACCAGAUCAUCUAUUAUCCGUUUUUCCCUCGUUUUCCCCACCAUGUCCUCGCCACCCCCACAUUCGUCAGAGCUUAUCCUCGCUUUCCCUUCCCCCCACAUUCUCCUGCUUACCCUGAACCAUCCGGGUGCCCUCAACUCUGUCACCUCUGAGCUCGCAGACGAGCUGUGUGCUGUGCUCGAUUGGUUCGAGCGUGAGAGGGAGUUGUGGGUUCUGGUUCUGACAGGGGCUGGACGCAUGUUCUGUGCUGGAGCAGAUCUGAAGGGGUGGGAUAACCGUCUUGUUCGUGCUGCGUCAAGCGAUCAGGCCGAUAUCAGUGCGAACAAAUAUGGAUUUGCAAGUAUUUCUAGGAGGCUCACGGCGAAGCCCAUUGUGGCUGCUGUUAACGGGGGUGCGUACGGUGGAGGAAUGGAGAUUCUGUUGAAUUGUGACUUAGUCGUCGCGGAUGAGAAUGCAAAGUUUGCCCUUCCGGAGGUGAGAAGGGGCGUGGUGGCUCUCCAAGGAGGUAUACCUCGGUUAGCGCAUAUUGCCGGACAUCAGCGGGCCAGCGAGAUGUUACUCCUUGGUAAGACAAUAACGGCAAAAGACGCUUAUGAGAGGUUCGGAUUCAUCAAUACGCUGACUUCUUCGACAGCUGUCUUGCCGACGGCUCUCGGAUACGCCAGGGAGCUUGUUGAGAAAUGCUCCCCUGACUCGGUACAGACCACGAAGAGAGCGCUGAUUCUCGCUGAAGACAGCAAUCGUUCCGUAUUGGAUGCAUCGUGGAGUGUAGAGAGCAGCAGACUUUUCGUGAGAGAUGAAAACUUAAAGGAAGGUUUGAGGGCAUUUGUUGAAAAACGUUCUCCAGUCUGGAAGAAUCCGAGCGCAAGUGCAAAGCUGUAG